ACAGAUUUACCUACAGCAUUUUGUAUAUUGACAUACGGAGUUCAGAAGAAAAAAUUGAAUGUGUCAACCAACAAACAAUAACAACAGAAAAAUAAAUUGUGGCUAUAUUAUAGUUUUACAGACAAUUUUAUGAUUGCAAAACUAUUCAGGUGCAAUCAGUUAGCGUAUAGUGGAGGGUAGGAGGGAUGGCAAUUAGUGGGUGUUCGAGUGGUUUGUUGGCGACUGCUGUAGUCGCAUUACUAUUAUUACCAGUGCAAUAUUACGUGCCAGAUCUUUAUUCGGGUAUAGAAGAGCCUCUGUCUGCGGAAGCAGUAACGCCACCUGGCGGUGCGCUCGCGUGGCUCGACCAGACCUUAGCGGCCUUCCCUUCACUAGAUCUUUUUAUGGCAGCAGCGAUGUUAAUUUUGGGAAUUAUCACAUAUGUUUAUGAGUGGAUACAGAGAAAACUUUUAGAGAGGAGAAUUAUGAAGUUAAACCACUACUUGGGCGCGAGCAUCGACCGUCUCCGGGCUUGGGACGCACAGCAAGAACAGCUGGAGUCCACGCUGAAGAUGGUGCAGAAUGCCACCUCGGAGUACAACUUGCUGCUGUACCUCCUCCUGCGCCAGCACCGCUGCCUCGCCGCGCACCACGCGCCGCCGUCCAACUGCUUCUUCGACAAGCCUAUGGAGGAAGACCUCACCUAUCUCCGCGCACCCACCGUCAUUGAAGCAUGACGUUUAUGGCAGCGCGGGAAUUAUCGUCCAUGACUUCGCCUGUUUUCACCAAUAUUUUUACGGCCUCAAUAUUGUGCUUUAAAAAUUUCUAAGUAGUUAAGAUAGAAAGCAUGUCAUCCAAAACAUUAUUGAUGAUAUUCAAUAUUAUGAGAAGUAGUCUGAGCUAGUCUGCUAAUUUAGAUGGUUCUCAUCUCAGUUAUGUUCUAUCUAAAUAUGUUUACGAGGGCCUUGAGUUUGGUGAAACUGGGCAUAUAUCCCUUAAAUGAGAAACCCAACAUUAGAAUAUCCAUUUUUGUAAAGUUAACAUCUUUUCACGCCAUUUCCAUUUCUCACAGGCCUAGGUAUCUGUACGAUUCGGUGUAUCCGAGCCCUCAGGCACUACCGUCGUUAUAUUGGUGGUAAUUCCCGCGCUCGGAUCCUAAUCUCCGCUUUAAAUUCGUGUUUAUUUAUUAAUUAUAGUGUUGAGUUGUUUA